AUGUAUUUUACCACGUCUUUUGUUGCUGCCGCUGCAGCCGCUCUUGUCGCCGCUCCUGUUAGCGCACAUAUGUUGAUGAGCUCGCCCCAUCCGUAUGGACCCAGCACGCUCAACAACGGUCCCCUAGAGAACAAUCUUGCAGAUUUCCCUUGCAAGCAGAGACCCGGUGUCUACGAUCCACCUUCCCAAGAAAAUGUCAUGGCCAUCGGUGAAGAACAAACCCUUUCAUUCAAAGGAAGCGCAGUUCAUGGUGGCGGCUCAUGCCAGGUUUCCUUGACCACCGACAUGAAACCAACCAAAGACUCUGUCUGGAAGGUGAUUCAUUCUAUCGAGGGUGGCUGCCCCGCGAACGUUGAUGGGAAUCUUCCUGAGGAUCCCAACGGCACUGGGGCCAGCACUUUCAAGUACAAGAUCCCAUCUAGCAUUUCACCCGGCGAAUACACCCUAGCCUGGACCUGGAUUAACCGUAUCGGCAACCGAGAAUUCUAUAUGAACUGCGCCCCCAUCAAAGUAACUGGAUCCAAGAAACGAUACGUCCCCACUCCAGCUGUGGAAUCGAGAAGCACGGUCCCCCUUUCAAAACGUGCUGAUCUGCCAAACAUGUUUGUCGCCAACAUUAACGACUGUGUCACCAAGGAGGGCGUUGAUAUUAGAUUCCCAAAUCCUGGCUCGUCCGUUCAGCGUAGCGGUUCUGCUCAAAAUUUGAUGAAGGCUGGCGGCCCUGUCUGCACUAUGAAGAACGGAAGCAAUGGCCCAAUGGCACCUGCAGAUGGCGGUAGCUCUCCUUCUGGCGGCAACGGAGGAAACGGUGGCAAUGGUGGUAAUGGUGGAAGCACGCCUGCUUCUUCUUCUUCUUCUGCGCCCAGCCAGCCUUCUAAAUCUCCUGGUAUUUUCUUACCUUCUCAACCAGCCUCUGCACCCACCUCUGCACCUCCCGCUGCCGGUACUCCUUCUCCAGCUCCCUCUGCCCCGUCGGCCGACUCUUCACCUCCAAGUGCUCCGGCUCCAAGUUCUCCAGCUCCACCCAGCUCGCCACCGGCUUCUCCACCCUCUACUCCUCCAACUAGCCCAUCGCCACCCAGCGGCGGUAAUGGUUCCUCUCAGGCCUGUACUGACGAGGGCACCUGGAACUGCCUUGACGGAAGCUCUUUCCAGCGCUGUGCGAGUGGAACCUGGUCCGCUUCCAUUCCGAUGGCGAAAGGCACUAGUUGUGUUGUUGGUAUCUCUAAGGAGCUGAAGCUUGACAUGACCAAAACCGCCAUGCGCCUACGCCGUCGCCAUGGCCACUCUCGCUCUCACUAG